CUGAACUCACCAGGCACCAGCUUAGGUAGCAGUGAGAGAUGGCCUUCAACACCCUUACCACCAACGCAGUUGAUCUGCAGCAAUUGCUAGAAGAAGAUCAGAUUACGAGUAUCCAGAUCGUCCAGGCGUAUUUUGCACAGAUUGAUUUCCAUGAGUCUGCACUCAAUGCGUUGAUCUCCGCCGCCCCGCGCGAGGGUGUUCUUGCAAUUGCCGCAGCUCUGGACCAGGAGCGGCAGCAAGGUAAAGUCAGGAGCCCAUUUCAUGGAAUCCCGAUCAUUUUGAAAGAUAGCUUCGUCACCGCGUCGGACCUUGGCAUGACAACUACGGCCGGGUCGCUUGCAUUUGUCGGAUCCAAGGCCUCAAAGAAUGGAGCCAUCACUCAGAGGUUAAUAGAUGCUGGCUUGAUUAUCCUGGGAAAGGCUAAUAUGACGGAGCUUGCUGGCAUGAAAAUGACCAUGAUGAUGCCUGGUUGGUCUGCCCACGGCGGCCAGACGCUGUCCCCUUAUGUUGGUAAAUUGGAGGAGAACGAGAAAUUGCUUGGCCACUCGGCUCCCGGGGGCUCGUCAACCGGUUCUGCGGUCGCUGUAGCCGCUGGCUUUAGUCCUCUUGCCAUGGCUACAGAGACAAUAGGUUCCAUCGUCACUCCUUCAACACGUGCAGGUCUGUACGCACUCAAGCCUACCAUUGGGAUCCAAGAUACCACUGGAUUGUACAUCAUGACGGAAUUUUUCGACAGCCCGGGUCCAAUGGCCAAAUCGGCGGCAGACGUGUGCGUGGUAGCCGAGAUUUUACUCGAUCGCACAUUCGCCCGCCCUCGAUUGAGAUCCUGGGAAGGGAUCUCUGUAGGGUUCCUGGACCCGAGGGUGUGGAAUAUGGCAGAGGACUUCUGUACGCAAUUUCCAGGAACGGCAGAGCAAAUGGUAACCGAGUAUGAAGACACGGUUUCUAGUCUCAAGAGCCAUGGUUGCCCUGUGAAGUACCCGAUCGACCUCAAGGAUUUUUCAACCCUGCCGGCUAUACUCCCGAUUGCAUAUUGGGAUUUUAGGAAUGUUUGCAUCCCUGAAUUCAUCAAGGCGUUUGACGAAUGCCCUGUAAGCUGCGUUGCAGAUAUCGUUAAGUUCAAUCGAGAGAAUAGCGAAAAUGCCCUCCCUGCUCCAUUUACGCAGCAAAACGACUUAGAAGAGGCAAUGAAUAGUACCGAUGACAAAGAGCACAUACAGGACCUAAAACAGGAGCUCCGUGCUAUUGCGAAGCAGAUUCUUGACGAAACGUUUGAGAAGGAACAGAUCAAUCUCAUUGUGGCUCCAGGAGACGCUCCGCUGUGUGUCCAUGCUGCCGCCGCAGGAUACCCUCUCGCCACGGUCCCGGUAGGACAGCUUCGCUACAAUGGUCGCCCGUUCGGCUUAUGCAUUAUAGGGAAGGAUGAUGCAGAGGAGACGCUAUUGCAAUUCAUGAUGGCUUACGAGAAGGUUGCCAAGCCUCGCCCAGUACCCAGCAUACCUAGCAUUUAGGUGUAUAUACUAAAUUUUCUAUACCAAACGCAUAGAACCACAAAUGUCAGCCAACUAUGAAUGUUGGAUAUAGCUACCUUUCCCGGAAUAAAUAACUCUGUUUUA